AAUUCUUAUUUUCUAGAGGUAUUGGUGAACAGGGAACAUAAAUAUAGGUUAUGAUAAUUAGUUUCUACCCUUUUGACAAUUCAUAAAGGGAACAUGGUAUAGAGAAGGGUCUGCCAGUUGUUGGGAACAGUUUUUUCCUACCUUUGUGAUGUAAAGUGAUGAAUUGCCCCUGAGUUUCCUAGUUUGGCAUGCUAAGAAGACUUCUAUUCGAUCAUUUUCCAUUUAGAUGGAUCUGAUUGAUUGUAUCAAUUUUAUAUCUGGAGCAUUUACUGUAUCUUUGAUAUCAUUUACGGAUGUUUUUCCUUCUUGCCUGCUAAAAGUUGAAUUUAUGUUCCAAGUAAAUUGCAUUAAUUUUUUCCUUAAUAAACCGUCCACAUUUCUACUCUCAAUAUGUUCCCCAAACCCACUUCCCGAUGUACAUUUCUCUAUCCAAAUGCCCAAAGAAAUGCAAAAGUAGUUUUUGCCAGUUGGCUUUUGAGCUGGUUAAAAAUGUGUUUCAUAGGUUGCUCUGCAGUUGGUGCAUCUUACAUCAUCUUAUUUGUAUGUGAGAUGAAGGAUACAUGUGUAGACACAUCAUGUGCCAGUGGGUGGAGAAUCUUUAUGGCUUUGUGCUGGAUCUGUAUCAAACUGGUAGAAAGCAACAAAGAUAACAAAUCAUGUUGAGUUGUCAAAACUGUUAAUGGAAGGUAGUUAAAUUCAUGUAAGAGUCCAGCUAACUGCAAUAGGGUAGAGAGUGGCAAAGAUAGUGGGCAAUAAAAGAAGCCAGCCAAAGGAUAGGGGGUUUCGGGAAAAGAUGAAAUCCUAUGUAUCAAAGCAGAAACUCAUUUAAAUUCAGUCUUUUUUUUUUUAUUGUUGGGUCUGCGUGUGAGAUUGCAAAUAUCUUUAUCCAUGAAUAUUGAAGGUACUGGCCUCCUCAGCUAUGUCAAACUCCAAGGGACCAUCUACUGUUAGAAACAUGAUGUACAAUGGGAAGAAUCCGUUAUUGCCUCCUAAAAGUCCAUUUCCUAGCAUAUCUCCAUCAUAUGCUGAAUACAUUCCUACUUCAGUGAUUGGUCCAAAAGCUCUUCCAAAGCCCAGAGACGGAAGUCCACAUCAUCAACGUACUUCUUCUGAAAGUUUUUUGAUAGAGGAACAACCGUCUUGGCUAGAUGAACUCCUUGAUGAACCAGAAACGCCUGUGCGUAAAGGAGGCCAUCGUCGCUCAUCAAGUGAUUCUUUUGCAUAUAUUGAUACAACUAAUGCAGGAAGCAUGAACUAUGCAGCUCAAGAUGAUAUCAAGUUCAAGAAUAUGAUUCCAUUGCCUUCAUGGGGAUCUCAAGACUUUGAUUUUCAGAGGGAUAUGCGGCAAAGUUCUUUCUAUUUGGAUUCAAACCCUUCUGGCAGAACCAAGAACAAGCCAUGGGAUGCACCUGUAAAUUCAAUUGCACCUCCUCGCAGCCUUCCUUCUAGGGAUGUAGCCACCAUCCAGAAUGCCGGAACAGUGAACACCUCACUAGAUGUUGAUAGAAAUCCAACUUCGUCUGCUCAAAAGUCAGACGUUGAAUCUGUCUCUCAAGAUCCAAAAGGCUCAUUUGAGAAAAAAGAUACUCAUGUCAAGAAUCUGGCAUCAGAAACAGACACGAAACGAGCCAAGCAGCAAUUUGCUCAACGUUCACGUGUCCGGAAGCUUCAAUACAUAGCUGAACUUGAGAGGCACGUUCAAGCUCUACAGGCAAAAGGCUCUGAAAUUUCUGCUGAGCUUGAAUUUCUCAACCAGCAAAACCUUAUUCUCAGCAUGGAAAAUAAAGCCCUGAAGCAACGUUUAGAAAGUUUAUCUCAGGAGCAGCUAAUCAAGUAUUUCGAGCAUGAGGUAUUGGAGAGAGAAGCAGGAAGACUGCGAGGCCUAUAUCAGCAGCAGCAGAAGCCGCCGCAACCGCAGCAGCAGAUAUCUUCUAGCCAUCGACGUGCCAAGAGCAGAGACCUCGAUCAACAGUUGGCAAAUCUUUCCCUGAAACUCAAGGAAACGAGUUCUGGUCAGGAUUCUCUCUCUAGCCAGCUUCAUAUGUAGAGUAAUAUUUCUCGACUUCUUAUUGUGUGUUCCAAGUUCUAACCAGUCCUCUCAACUGACGAUGCAUGCUGAUGACCAAAAACACUCCCCUUACAUGGGAAGAAAGCCAGACUGGUCAUGCGGUCCUGUGCUACAACGCAACUGCUUGUGUUGCUUGUGUUUCUGUUUUUCCUUUUGUUCCUUAUUUUUCAACUGUAAGCGACCAAUACCAUCAUCUCUCCUAAGGUUAGUGCCAUGUGCGCCUGGUAGUCCUCGCCCGAAAUUACGAGUUCUGGCGGACGACUCACCCGAGGUGGUUAUCACCCGAAAAUGCUAGAUUUGUUGUAUGUUGAGUGAUUAAUCUUCGUCUUCCCAUUUCUGUUGCCUCCUGCAAGUUGGUUGUUACUUGCCUGAAAUUUGCCAUGUCACAAUCAAUUUUUCAUUUAUGUAGUUAACUUUGCAUGUGUA